UAACAAGUCUUUUUAUUAAAGAUAAUGACCUCAGAGGACAAGCCCGGUCGAAAUGGCAGAAGACAAGACGGCCUUGAUCGUCCGAUUUUGGUGGCUACCGGCGAACAAAUUGCUCUCGAGAGUGCCUCUUUGUGUGCCUCCCUCACUCCCUGCCUCUUUGAAAGCAAGCCCUCUCAAUGCGAAGUUGUGGAACUGUGACACCGACGAACCCAUAUAUUCCGGCCACUUUAUUACUAUGACGACACGGGAUCCGGAGGCCAUGCCCCUUCCGUCAUUCGACAUUCUUAAUAGGCAGUGGAUGCUGAACCGCAUCGCUGCACUAUGUGGUGCGGCUGAUGUGACCGAUGAGCAGCCGGAGGAUGAGGACUUUUGGUAUGGAGACAUGUCAGGUCUCGAAGGCUCGCACCGCCAGCCGACCCAGAGAAUCCUCUCAGGUGCGGGAGCUGGCCACGGCCGAGGAUACUUCUGAUGAUCCUUUUGUUGUUCUUAGCGAUUAAUCUACCCGUGCCUUGAGUUUAUUGUAGACAAAUCAACUAAAGGUGUCUGUUGUUGUCAUUCGAAUUUGACUUCAACAACAGAAAUAGUUGCUGAAACGGGGGGAUCAAAAUUGAGUUUAAAGCAUUCCUCCUAACCCGACCAGAAGUCAGGGGCCCAGAAGAAUAGUCAAUUCUGUAGAAAAUAGGAGUGACGAUGAUUUGGUAUGAAGCAGAGACAUUCGAAGUCUGCCAUUUUUCAGACUAGUACGGGGUAACUGUGGGUGACAGCGAAAAGCCAAAAUUUGUCCUAGGGCCUGUUGGCUCGAUGGGUCAAUACAGGGAUAGAUGGAUAAGCCAGGAUUAAGGGAGACUCCAG